CAAGAAGCAGCAGCAGCACAAGGGCAGCAGCAGCAGCAGCUGAAGCAGAGGCAGGCAAGAUUCCUUCUCUCUCCUCUCUCCCCCAAAUCCGAGCCACCCACUCCCCCCCACCCCCCUCCUCUCCCCGGCAACCCUCCGCGAGAAGCUCCGCUCCCCAGCACUUUUUGGGCCCGAGAUAUGGCAAUGGUAGUUAGCAGCUGGCGAGAUCCGCAGGAAGACGUGGCCGGGGGCAACCCGAGCGGCCCCAACCCAGCAGCUCAGCCGGCCCGGGAUCAGCAGCAGCAAGCGGCCUCGGCGGCCCCGCACACCCCGCAGACCCCUAGCCAGCCGGGACCCCCUUCCACCCCGGGCACGGCCGGGGACAAGGGCCAGAGCCAGCAGGGUUCGGGCCAGAGCCAGCAGCACAUCGAGUGCGUGGUUUGCGGGGACAAAUCCAGCGGCAAACACUACGGCCAAUUCACCUGCGAGGGCUGCAAAAGUUUCUUCAAGAGGAGCGUCCGCAGGAACUUAACUUACACAUGUCGUGCCAACAGGAACUGUCCCAUCGACCAGCACCACCGCAACCAGUGCCAGUACUGCCGCCUCAAGAAGUGCCUCAAAGUGGGCAUGAGGCGGGAAGCGGUUCAGCGAGGAAGAAUGCCUCCAACCCAGCCGAACCCAGGCCAGUACGCGCUGACCAACGGGGACCCUCUGAACGGCCACUGCUAUCUGUCGGGAUACAUCUCGCUGCUGCUGCGGGCCGAGCCCUACCCGACCUCGCGCUACGGCAGCCAGUGCAUGCAGCCCAACAACAUCAUGGGCAUCGAGAACAUCUGCGAGCUGGCCGCCCGCCUGCUCUUCAGCGCCGUCGAGUGGGCCCGCAACAUCCCCUUCUUCCCCGACCUGCAGAUCACCGACCAGGUGGCCCUGCUGCGGCUCACUUGGAGCGAGCUGUUUGUGCUCAACGCGGCGCAGUGCUCCAUGCCCCUGCAUGUGGCCCCUCUGCUGGCAGCCGCCGGCCUGCACGCCUCGCCCAUGUCUGCCGACCGGGUGGUGGCCUUCAUGGACCACAUCCGCAUCUUCCAGGAGCAGGUGGAGAAGCUCAAGGCCCUGCACGUCGACUCGGCGGAGUACAGCUGCCUCAAAGCCAUCGUCCUCUUCACAUCAGAUGCCUGUGGCCUGUCAGAUGCUGCCCAUAUCGAGAGCCUGCAAGAGAAAUCUCAAUGCGCCCUGGAGGAAUAUGUGAGGAGCCAGUACCCCAACCAGCCGAGUCGCUUCGGCAAACUGCUCCUGAGGCUGCCUUCCCUGCGCACCGUCUCGUCCUCAGUCAUCGAGCAGCUCUUCUUCGUCCGCUUGGUAGGUAAAACCCCCAUUGAAACCCUCAUCAGAGAUAUGUUACUAUCUGGGAGCAGCUUCAACUGGCCUUACAUGUCUAUCCAGUGUUCCUAGAGCACAGCCAACACCCCCAUAGAGACACUGAGGACCAACACAAACAGAAAUAUACGAACCGAGUAAAGUUGGGGUGCAGAGAGGGGGAGGAAAGCAGACAAUAAACAAAAAAAAAUAAAGACUUGUGUAGGAUCAGAUCUGUGACCAUGUUUGAAAGGAAAAGAAAGGACCUUGUGUCUGUGGAAAAUUUUGGAAAAAGGACCGAGGGAAAUUUAAUAAAACCAGAAGGAGAAUAAUGGAUCUUCCAGGAUUUAUUGUGGACUGAUGUGGAUAUAUUCUGUACAGAAACAAAGAAACAAACAACAAAUAUUGACGCUGAACUGAAUCUUGUGUAGAAAACACACACGCAAACACUUACCACGAACAUUGUUAUUCAUUUUGUAAAAUAUUAGUCUUUAUUUUCAUUUUUUGGUAAAAUUUAAAACAUCGUAUGCGCAUAAAGAAAAAAGAAACAAGAAUUAGGGGAAAAUAACAUUUUCCAAAUAAUUAUAAAAAACAAUUGUCCUGUGUCUAUGUAUCUAUAUCUGUUUUGUAUUUUUUUCUGGUUCCAAACCAGGUUUCCUGUGAUUCUAUACUAAUAAUUUUUGAUAUAACCCUUUGCUUCUUAUAAUGAGUGCGAUAUAUGUUGUCGAAGCUGUUCUUCAAGAAUUAAAAUUGAAGUGAGAAUUUAAACAAAAAUAAAAGAAUUUAGCAAAAAAAA